AUGGAAAACUACACCUACAACAGCUUUACCCUCCAACUAGAGGGGUUAAAGAUCACAGAAAUGUCAAUGUACCCUGUCUUUUUCUUUUUCUUUUUUUCCUACUUAAUGAUUAUCUUAGCAAAUGUUGGCAUUGUAAUCCUGGUUUUCAUGGACAAAAACUUGCACCAGCCGAUGUAUCUCCUUUUCUGCAACUUGCCAGUCAAUGACAUCCUUGGAAAUUCUAUCAUGGUGCCCCGUUUGCUUGCAGAUACAUUGAGACCUCCCUCUGAACGCCUCAUCAGUUAUUAUGAAUGUGCUGUCCAAGCUUUUACAACACAUAUGUUUGGUACCACUACUCACACUGUACUCAUGAUUAUGGCCUUUGACAGAUAUGUGGCCAUCUGUAAUCCCCUGCGCUAUGCUGCCAUAAUGACCAACAAAAUGGUGGUGAAGCUGACAGUUUCUGCCUGGGGGGUGGCCUUUGUUUUGGUUGGGAUUCUGCUCGGUCUGACCAUACGACUGAACCGAUGUAGGACUCUGAUCACAAAUCCUUUCUGUGACAAUGCCUCACUGUUUAAACUCUCCUGUGAGAGUGUGUUUAUUAAUAAUGUCUAUGGCCUCACCUUCACUGUAGUCCUGUUCACAGGUUCUAUUGGCAGCAUGGUUAUCACCUAUGCUAAGAUUACAGUAGUCUGUCUGAUGAAUAAAAACAAGUCUUUGAACAGUAAAGCCAUGAAGACCUGCAGCACUCAUCUCUUUGUAUAUCUUAUUAUGUUACUAAGUGGAAUGCUUAUUAUCAUCCUGCAUCGCUUCCCUCAGUACUCAGACUACAGAAAACUUGCAGCCAUUUUGUUUCAUAUUGUCCCCGGCAGUCUCAACCCCAUUAUUUAUGGGGUUCAGUCAAAAGAGAUACGAAGAUUCCUGUCACAAAAGUUUCAGUUCAGAAAGGUUUUGCCAUCAUUAUAA